GGGGCUCGCCACAGUGGGAAGACGUCAUUUGCCUUUCAAUCAGCUGUGAAUAGUGCUCUGGAGGGCAGACGUGUAAUCGUGAUGUGCUGCGAACACGUACUCUGCUCUAAGCUGCCCCAGCCACUUACACCGCUUUGCAAUUUGGACAAGACAGCACUUGGCCGUAUUGAGUUCGUCUAUGUGGAGAGCAUUGCGGAGGUGGUGCGUGAGUUGAGCACGUGGAUGACACCGCAGGAUGUUCCUGCACUUGUGAUUGUGGAUGAUGACAGUUUCACAGACGCCGGCGAUGCACGUCGGACGGCGCAGUUAUUGGCGGCGUUAGAGAAUGUCUAUGAGUGGAUGACACGGCAUGCAAAUACGCAUACCAAUGGCACUAGUGCAGUAGGGUCAUCUGCAGUAGGGGUGCGGUUUCAUUACGUACUCGUAUCCAACAACUUUCCCGAGCGUAGCCAAGGUGCUGAACUCCCGUUUAGUGCAUUUCCACUUGUUUGUAUUUAUGUUGGCUCAACUGGCUCUGUUGUGGUGCACACAAUGGAGACGGACAGAACAGAGGUGAGGCCGCUGCAAUUAGAGUGGGAUAACGGACUCAUCCUUCGCACAGCGUGA